AAUCUUAUGUUUAUAUCCUCCGCGUCUGUACUGUGACAAAAAUUAUUCAGUAAAGUACUCUGUUACGUGCUCGAACAGUUAAAGUUUUAUCUGAAUUGUUUAAAGAAAUGGCAGAUACACUAGAGAAUAUUAAUCCUAAGUUAUACAAAAAAAUUGAUGAAAGGAUAGUUACUGCAAAUGACGAAAAUGAAAAUAUCGUUGAUGAAUUUGACACGCGUGAAAUCUUCGAUCUUAUUAGAAACAUCAACGAUCCUGAACAUCCUUUAACACUAGAAGAAUUGAAUGUAGUGGAGCAGAAUCUAAUUGAGAAUGUACCAUUACAGAUUGAUAAUAGAGCAAGCAAGAUUAUUGUGAAAUUUACACCAACAAUACCACACUGCAGUAUGGCAACACUUAUUGGUUUAUCAAUCAGGGUUCAGCUACUAAGAACUCUGCCAUCAAGGUUCAAAGUCAAUGUUGAAAUUACACCAGGUACUCAUAUGUCAGAAAGUGCAGUGAACAAACAACUCGCUGACAAGGAAAGAGUAGCAGCAGCUCUAGAAAAUAAUCACCUACUUGAGGUAAUUAAUCAGUGCGUUGGAAUUAAAUGUUGAUUACUAAACUAUACAAUAUACAUUAUGUGAUCAUAUGAAAUAUUCUAAUGCACAAUAGUAUACAUAAUAUGUGAACAUCUUAAAUGUUACCAAAUAUUAUAUGGAUUAUUUUGUUAUUUGUAACUAUAGAAUAAAGUAAAGGUGAUUGUUUAUCAAUCAUAUAUCCUUUGA